UCUUACGAUAUGCCUAGAGCUCGUCUUCCCGCAGCUUUGCGCCCAAACCGCGACAGGCGCGCCUAUGCUAGCCUCAGCGAUGGUGCGAAAGACACCCUACUUGAUCGAUUUUUGAGAUGGACCUUCGAGCCCCCUGAGCAUCCAGGAGCAGCACGCGGACUACGAGCCGGAAGAUGGCUACCCAUGCAACCCGUCUAUAUGCAAGGAGAACAACCACUCGGCGAAGGUGGCAUGGGGAUAGUACAUCUCUGGUGCUGUAUUGACGGCCAAGGUCGUAUUCUAGACCGAAUAAUUGUGAAACAGGUGCAUCCUGGAGUGUUUACUUGGGGGCGCAAAGAGAUCUGGCGCAAUGGAGAAGUUGGAGGCGAACCUAGGGAGUGCAUGCUAGGCAACGAGGUAUUCGAAAACUUGGAGAACUCAAACCCAGGCAGUGGGAAGUUUGUCACUCAAUGUCUUGGUUACGGAGGGAUGCAGGAUCCUAUCGAUGCCCAUCUCCAUUUUCAAUGGAGUGGCAGAUACCCAUACAGACGCAUAGCGGGCUACAGGCUCUACUUCGAGUACUGCCCUUUUGGCGAUUUGGGUGACGCCAUCCAACGACAAAAGCUGGCUCGGAAACCUUUCCACGAAGGAUUCAUCUGGAUGACUUUCGAAGCGCUUGCAGAAGCCACUGCAGCAAUGGAUCAGUCCAACAUUGUACAUGCUGAUGUCCAAACAGGCAACAUCUUGCUAUCGAACAGCGAUCCUCAGAGAUUCAAGAUCUGGCCAAUCCCCAAGCUCGCCGAUUUUGGAGCAUCCCACAUCAUCGAUGAAGCUACGAGACGUCGGUUCACGGGAAGCAUGGAAGCAAUGCACCCUUACUUCACACCCCCGGUAGUUCCAACAAACACUCUUCUAUGUGACCUAAUCUCUCUAACACUCAUCUCAGGAGCUUACCAGGGAUUCNNUGACAACUCGGAAUGGGCCGUUCCCGACUUGCAUGUCACUAACAAGACGAACGUGUGGAGCAUCGGUCUAAUUAUCUGUUGUAUGAUGCGCUUAGAGCCAACACUACCAGAAACUGAACGCGUUCAUCCCCCAACCGCACAGCAGCUUCGAUUCGAUAUCCCCACUCAGAGAGAAAUCAACAACUUUCAACACACCUUGGCCAACUAUAGUCAGGAUUUGCGAAAACUUGUACGAGCGUGUAUGAAAUAUGAUCAGGCAGACAGACCGACUCCCAAGCAGUUGUUGGGUGAAGUUAGGCGAUUGAUGGCCGGCCACCUCGGUGGAUUUGAUACCUAUGGGGUGGGUAAGAAUAUUCCCUGGAACAAGAAAGAGAGACUGCAAGGAAGACUGAAAGAUGAAUGGGCGCCUGGCACUGGAACUCAUAUCCAUCUGAGGACUCAAUCCAAUCUAAAAGGAUAUCGUGCAUUCUUCUGGGGCUCAGUUUCAGGCGAUGAUGAUGAUGUCUUUGCUCUUGACGAUACCAUUGUUACACCCUGCGCCAUGGAUUCACGGCUCAAUUACCAGUACUAUACGGCCCUUGCACAAAAUGUGCAAGACAGAUUGACUUCAAAAUUCUUGAGAUGGCGUUUCAGAGCCCCAGAACGCAGAGCCAGAACCGCCCUGAGGUUGCAGCAAGGCCAGUGGAUGCCCAUCCAACCUUCUCGUGAUGCGGCUGGACGAGAAGAAGCACUUGGAGAAGGAGGGCAAGGCAUAGUACACCUCUGGUGUUGCGUUGAUACUAACAAUCGCUUUGUCGACCGAGUCAUCGUCAAGAACAUCUUUCCUGGGACUGAGGCUUGGGCCAUGUCGAACAUGUGGAAGGAUGGAGUCAUCGGAGGCGAACCACGAGAAGCCAUGAUUGGGAAUGAGGUAUACGACCAACUGGAAGCUGCAAAUCCUGGAGACGGACAAUAUGUUACCAGAUGCCUUGGCUAUGGCAGCAUGCACGAUCCUUUCAGAUACGAUGCGAACGGCAACAUCGAGUCCUACCCGGAUCCAUUAUUGGGAGAUCAGACCUUGGGAGGUGUUCCGCAACGCCGCAAUCUCAUGGCGGGAAAGUCUGUAACUUACAGGAUACCUAGAUAUAAGCUGUACUUCGAAUACUGUCCUCAUGGUGACGUGGAUACACAGAUCCGAGCCCAACUCGAAGUCAAGACAACGUACAGAGUGACAAAAGUAAAGAGUCCAGGUGGCCACAUACAUCGUAGAAGACACGCAACUCGCGCUCACAGCGUACCGUUCCAUGAGGGAUUUUUAUGGAUGGUAUUUGAGGCAAUGGCGAAGUGUGCUGUGGCUAUGGAAAGAGCGAAUGUUUUGCAUGGAGACUUGUGUCCUACCAAUAUCUUCUUAGGAGAGAACGACCCCAACAGAUUCAAGAUAUGGCCUGUCCCCAAGCUGUCCGACUUUGGUUCUUCGCGGCACAUCGACAACUUGGUAAAAAGCCGACUUGUCAAUUAUGAAGAAGCAAUGCAGAAAGAAUUCGCACCUCCGGAACUCGCCUUAGGGAGACACGAUCCAGUGACUGGAGAGCUACGAUACGAAGUACCGGGCUUGAAAGUGACGCACAAAACCAAUGUAUGGCAAAUCGGCAUGCUCAUCGCUUGCAUGAUGCGUAUUGCUGUUUGGCUGCCCGAGACCGAUUGGCGUUCAGGGCCAUCCAAUGCUCCUCACAGUACCGAACUUCACUUCGACGACUUCACUCGCCGAGAACUCAAGGAUCAAUGCUUUCAACAUCGCAAUUGCAACUACAGUGCCGAGUUGAUAGGACUUGUAAAGCAAUGCAUGAGAUAUCACUCGACUCAAAGACCAGCGCCGCGAAAGCUAUUGGAACUGGUCCAAGAGCGAAUGCAAGGUCGCUGUGGUGGCAUGGAGACUUAUACCGGAGGUGCCAAUGGAAAGAUCCCGUGGAACAAGAAGGAGAAGCUUCGGAAUUUGCAGGAGGAUCAAUAUCCACUUAACAAUGAGGCUGAUAUAGUGCUCGCUUGA